GCAUGCUCAGACACAUGGGAGGCACCGAAGUUACUAUGUCAGAACUCCUUCAGAGGUAUAAGGAGGAUACAUCUAACACUUCAAUUGCUGAAAACCUAUUGUUAUUUUUCUGGUAUUAAACAUCUCUUCAGCCUCAGACUGAUUGCAAUGUUCCUUCUACUUCAUUUCAUCAUCCUGGUCGAUGUCAAAGAUUUUGCACUGACCAAGGGCAGUACAAUCACUUCUCUGUGCCCAAAAGGAUACUUUCCCUGUGGAAAUCUUACCAAGUGCUUACCCCGUGCUUUUCACUGUGAUGGUGUGGACGACUGCGGGAACCAGGCUGACGAGGAUAGCUGUGGAGACACUAGUGGAUGGGCGACCAUAUUUGGCACAGUCCACGGAAAUGCUAAUUAUGUGGCAUUAACACAGGAGUGCUCUCUAAACCAGUAUCCACAACCCUGUGACUGCAAAGGAACUGAAUUGGAAUGUGUAAAUAUGGGCUUAAAGUCUGUGCCAGUGAUUUCCAGCAAUGCGACAUUACUGUCUCUUAAAGAAAACAAAAUUCACAGUCUUCCAGAUAAAGUUUUCAUCAAAUACACAGCACUUAAACAGAUAUUUCUUCAGCAUAAUUGUAUUACGCACAUAUCACGGAGAGCAUUUUUUGGAUUACAUAAUCUGCAAAUAUUGUAUCUCAGCCACAACUGUAUUACAACUCUCAGACCCGGAGUAUUCAAAGACUUACAUCAGCUAACUUGGCUAAUUCUAGAUGACAAUCCAAUAACCAGAAUUUCCCAGCGGUUGUUUACUGGACUAAAGUCCUUGUUUUUCCUGUCUAUGGUUAAUAACUACUUAGAGGCCCUUCCCAAACAGAUGUGUGCCCAAAUGCCUCAACUCAACUGGAUGUUUCUGCCUAGAAAUCAAAUUGAUUUUGUUCCAGAGAAGACAUUUUCUUCAUUAAAAAAUUUAGGAGAACUGGACCUGUCUAGCAAUAUGAUAAUGGAACUACCAGCCCACCUUUUUAAAGACCUGAAGCUUCUACAGAAACUGAAUCUGUCGUCCAAUCCUCUUUUGUAUCUCCACAAGAACCAGUUUGAAAGUCUUAAACAACUUCAGUCUCUAGACCUGGAAAGGAUAGAGAUUCCAAAUAUAAAUACGCGGAUGUUUCAACCCAUGACGAAUCUUUCUCACAUUUAUUUCAAAAACUUUCGAUACUGCUCCUAUGCUCCCCAUGUCCGCAUAUGUAUGCCCUUGACUGACGGCAUUUCUUCAUUUGAGGACCUCUUGGCUAACAAUAUCCUCAGAAUAUUUGUCUGGGUUAUAGCUUUCAUAACCUGCUUUGGAAAUCUUUUUGUCAUUGGCAUGAGAUCUUUCAUUAAAGCUGAAAAUACGACCCACGCUACGUCCAUCAAAAUCCUUUGUUGUGCAGAUUGCCUGAUGGGUGUUUAUUUGUUCUUCAUUGGCUUUUUCGAUAUAAAAUACCGUGGGCAGUAUCAGAAGUAUGCGUUACUGUGGAUGGAGAGUUUACAGUGCCGCCUCAUGGGGUUCCUGGCCAUGCUGUCCACCGAAGUCUCCGUCCUGCUGCUGACGUACUUGACUUUGGAGAAGUUUCUGGUCAUUGUCUUUCCCUUCAGUAAUAUUCGUCCUGGAAAAUGGCAGACCUCGGUCAUCCUCAUUUGCAUCUGGAUUAUGGGAUUUUUAAUAGCUGUGAUUCCGUUUUGGAAUGAGGAUUAUUUUGGAAACUUUUAUGGAAAAAAUGGCGUGUGUUUCCCACUUUAUUAUGACCAAACAGAAGAUAUCGGAAGCAAAGGUUAUUCUCUUGGAAUUUUCCUAGGUGUGAACUUGCUGGCUUUUCUCAUCAUUGUGUUUUCCUAUAUUAUUAUGUUCUGUUCCAUUAAAAAAACUGCCUUGCAGACUUCGGAAGUGAGGAAUCAUGUUGGAAGAGAGGUGGCUGUUGCAAAUCGUUUCUUUUUUAUAGUGUUCUCUGAUGCCAUCUGCUGGAUUCCUGUAUUUGUAAUUAAAAUUCUCUCCCUCUUCCGGGUGGAAAUACCAGGCACAAUCACCUCCUGGAUAGUCAUUUUCUUCCUUCCGGUAAACAGUGCCUUGAACCCCAUCCUCUACACUCUCACAACCAGCUUUUUCAAAGACAAGCUGAAACAGCUGCUGCACAAACAUCGGAGGAAAUCCGUUUUCAAAACGAAGAAAGAAAGUCUCUCGACAUCCAUUGUGUGGACGGAUGACUCCUCCGCACUUAAACUUGGGGUUUUGAACAAGAUAACCCUCGGGGACGGUAUAGUGAAGCCAAUUUCCUAGCAAUGGUUUUGGAACCCCGGACUUCCAGGGGACUACCUGUAAGAAAAGGACAGCGUUUGGAACAUGCUACCUGCAGUGCUUUUCAUCUCUCCCAACAGCAAACCUUUCUGCACAGAGAGCACCGCAGAGUGACUUCUGGCACUGCGUUCCGAUGGCAGCUGUACUACUUAUCAGCCGUGCGAAGAACUGUACCUAUGGGUUCUGCUCGCUCUCGGCAUUUCGGAAAUGCACUAGCAAAACCACACAUAGUAGGCCGAUGGGCCGUUGAUCCGCAGCUGGUCGACACUACCCCCCUGCAAGUGAAGGCCCCGCACGUUGGCACUGCAUGUCCGCUUCUGAGUUGAAUUGCACCGUCCGUAAAAUAAAAACAUUCAUGACACCUCAUUCCAGGGUGGCCAUCGUCACGUAAACCUCACAUCUCUCUCUUUGCUUUUUCCACGUCAAAGGAAAUCAUCGGCAUCCUGCUGAACUGAGGGCGAAGGAUUUCUGAGAUGUUCGCCCGCCUCCAGCCUCGCCCUCUACGCCGGUGGCGUAGAAACUUUGAAAGCACAUCUUUACACGAGGCUGUUGCAGCCAACAAAACGGCAGAGAGACAGAGACUAAGCCUAGUACCAUUCACCCUCUUGGCUGCUAUUUAGUGUCAGCAGAGUUGAGAUCGCAAACAAGAUUAUUUUUCUCGAGAUUGCCCAGGCCACGAAGAAAAAUUGGACACCCCAACGGCCAAAACUACAUUUUAAUCUCUUUCAAGGGUAAUUUCUUUAAAGUAACAUCCCUACGGCUAGGAAGUUCUGUCUUCAUAAAACACACGGAUGAGACGUGUUAAAGGGGUUUAAGAAUAGUGGUUUGAUUGGGUCCGUUUGCUUACUCAGAGAAAUUUCAUUCAAAAAGGCCAGUAAGUUUGGACUUGAGUUUUGAAAAUGUAAACUUACUUGUGAAGGCCUGGAUGUGUCGUUACCAUGAAAGCUCAUAUGUGAAAAACAAUCAGGUAAAUAACAUUAUAUUUUGCAUUUGUCCAUAUCUUAUUUUAUGUUUGAGAAAGACUACAGAGGCUGUUUAUUGACUAUUACCAUGCUUCUCCUGAGAGAGAGUAUAGCUGGGAAACACAGCACCUCAGUCAACAAGCACAUCUUAUAUUUUUCUCUUACCCCUUUUUCCAAAGCAUGAGGCAAAACCUGAAUGUCUUUACUGCUGUCUUCAUUCUGAGUUCCUUUAAUGAGUAGAAUCUAAGCAGCUGACCAAGAACUCCAGAUGACCUCCUAUCAUCUAAUAGCAUCCAGGAAAGAAUCCCAGAGUUCAUGUGUCACAGCAGUUCUGGUAAUUUACUUGUUAUUGCUUAAUAGUGACUAAAACCAUCAUUUCAACCAAGUGAAACAUCUUUUGCAUCAGUGAAAUCUUUCUGAGGAUUCUGCAGAUAACGUUCCUCCCCAUUAAGUAGGCUGCCCUUUUCCCUUAUGGUUUCAAACUUUUCUCCAUCUUGUCUCCUCACUAUGAUGAGUUACUUCCUGACAUGUUUCCUGAAUUUGCUGACAUUUUAUUAAACGCCCUCUGCCAGUCCUUGAUCAUCAGAUGAUUUAUUUCCUAAUACAUUUCCCAACAUCAGGAACAUAAAUAAGGACUAGACCCUGAGCCCAGGAUAUUGCAAUCUUAGCACAAAUGUGUGUCUCCCUUUCUUGAAAAGCAUGAAGGGUGGGCCAUGAACCAAGCAUCUGGGAACUGUGUUUGUGAAUGUCUGCGCUCUUACUGUUAAGUAGUACACAUGAGAAACACAAGGUCAGGUGCAUCAGGGAAGUUUUCACAGAAAAAAUGGAAGCUAUAUAUUGGUUAGCAGCAUGCUAAUGGAUAGUAUAGAAUUGAAUACUAAUAGCUUAGUGAUUUACGGCCUUAUUCUGCACUGCUACAUAAAUAGAAACCUGUAAGAAAUGUUUAAUUUUAGCAAAUAACAGUCUUUUAUCUGGAUUGAGUGAGGUCUUUGGCGUUGUUAGACUUGUUUUCUAAACCCGAUAUUUCUGUGUGGAUAUGAAAAUACUACUUCCGGUCUUUAACCACUUCCCAUGACAACAUAAACAGCAAAUAAACAUGACUUGAGAACAUAAGAGGCCAUAGAUUGUGCCAUCUUUGAGUAAGAGAGAAUGAGGGCAAAUUACCCAAUCCGCAUCUCCAUCAUGUGCCUGUGUAUUACUGACAUCUGGUAUUGAAAUGUAAAAAAAAUAUAUUCUAAGAAAUGAAUAUGGAACCUCAGAUGAGUGUACCAAAAGGGGGUACGUGGUUUAUCUGUGUUAGACAUAGCUAAGCUUACUUAUAUCACUUUGUUUUAUUCUUAAGGCUUAUUUGUAAUCAAAAUUAAAAUAGUUUAUGCCCACUGCGGUUGCUGAAAUAGACCCUGGUGACCAGGAGCUCUAAGUGGGGUUACACAUAGCUGAGCUUUAGCUCACGGGUAGUAGUUUUACACCUCACCAUGUGCCUCAAAUCCGCAGCUCCAUCCGGCCUAGUCCCUAUAGCAUCAGAGAGCCACAAAAGCAGAGCCAUCACCCCAAUGUUUUUCUCUUAAGGGUGACCUCGGUGCCAGAUCAAAUGAGUAUUUGGUAACUUGCUAUGCAGAUACUCAUGCUACAUUUUCAAGAAUUUAUCUCACGCAAUAUGAUUCUUCACUCUGCUUAACCAUUCUCAAGUUGGUAAGCAAUGCAAAGAUCCAGAGAAUGUACAUGAUAGAAAUGAAAACUGGUGAAGUGUCACCAAUCAUAUGCUCCCUGUAAUUUUACAUAUGCCCCCAAGGGAGGUCUGAAGUAAAUGGAUCUUCCAAAAGUAACAAGGGAUACAUGUAAGACAUAUUUCUUUUUAGUGUUUUCAGUGUAGUGUAAAUGGGUGUAUGGUUCUAUUUAAUAAAUAACCUUAGGUACCUUUACUCAAGAAACAAAGCAUGGAAGAUAAAUAUUUGUAUUUUCUUAUUUCCUGAAAAAGAAAAAGAAAGAGUGAUUAUAAAUAUUUCUCCUUAUAUUAAUCUGUUCAUAUGUCAGUUGUCUGAUAUCCUGUCUAUGAAAGACAGAAGAUGCAUUUCUAAUAAAGAUAAUGUUUACUUCUGAACCAGAAA